CCUUACAAUAGUCGAGAUGAGCACGAUCGCCACGGCCGCGCCGGCUACGAACGAGGUCGAGGAGACGGCGGAGCCGCCGUCCGGGUGGCUGCAGAUCGCCGCCCCCUCCUCCGCGACCAAGAGAAAGUGCCGGCCAGCCGGCACACCAGACCCGGACGCGGAGGUGGUGUCGCUCUCCCCGCGGACGCUGUUGGAGCCGAAGACGUACGUGUGCGAGAUCUGCAACCGGGGCUUCCGGCGGGCGACGAACCUACAGAUGCACCGGCGGCGGCACGGCGUGCCGUGGGAGCAGCUGCAGAAGCGGGAGGCCGGCAAGGCGGCGCCGCCGGCCCGGAAGCGGGUGUUCGUGUGCCCGGAGCCCAGCUGCCCGCACCACCACCCCUCCCGUGCCCUCAGCGGCGCCAGCGCCGUCAAGCACCACUUCCGCCGCCAGCACGGCGCCCACCGCCAGUGGUCCUGCUCCCGCUGCUCCAGAGCCUACGCCGUCCACGGCGACUACAAGGCCCACCUCAAGACCUGCGGCGGUAGCCGCACCCGCGCCCGCGUACUCCGCUACCCCUGCCACUGCGGCCGCGUCUUCUUCCGGGUGGACAAGUUCGCAUAUCACAAGCAAACGUGCCGCGCCGUUCCCCCACAGGCGGGCGUGCCGUCGGCGCCGGCGUGCGGCGCGUCGUCCGCGCCGCAGCAGCAGGCGACAUCACCGUCCCUGUCCAGCUUCGCCAGCCCAUCCAGUGACAUCCUCAUCGGCGCGGUGUUUCGGCCCGGCGCCGCGGCAUUGCGGAGCCCGACCGUCCCCACGUUCGUCGGGUUCUUGCCGCCGCCAGACACCAGUCGCAGCAGGCACGACCUCGAGCUGCAGCUCAUGCCGCCAUCGUGCCACGCAGCGCCGUACUCACCGCCGGCGCUCAUCUCGCGGGGAGACGACGGCGCCAUCCAGCUGCAGCUCACCAUAGGCCUAUGCAGCACCGACAACCGUCGGGGAGAGGAGUUCAGGCCGUCGUCAUUCCAGGCGCCACGUGGUCGAGCCCGGUGGCGGCGUGCAGUCCACCUCCACCGAGGAGCAGGAGGAGCUGCGGCCGGUGAUGGCCGUGAAGGCGGAGCUGCAGCCACGUGCUCUCCAUCGUCACCGAGCCCCUCAUCCUCGACGGCAUACGGCGGCGGCGUCACCAGCCUGCAAUGGGCAAUGCGUAGCUUGCCAUCUUGGACUGCCUCUUAAUUAGUUGCCUUUCUGUUUUUACCGCGCGGUGAGGUGUGGACUGUCGUGCGGUUGAUCAAGCUGCAUGAAAGCUAAGCAAUAUGGUAGUCUGCUGAUCGACUAGCUAGUUUGUGACUGAUGUCCUUUCCUGUUGGAUUUUCUUCAAACAAUCUCAUCUA